AGUCCCAGCAGCCUUCAGGAACUUAUUACGUCAUUGCCGCGCGCAUUCUGUACGAGUAGUGGUGAGCUGGCUGAGAGAAUUUCCAGGUUCCUUCAUCAUGACCAAACUUCUGGAGUGGCUUCUGGGUGUGUCAUUGGUUGGUGUGGCGUGGGGGCUGGUUACCUUUGACCUCCUGGACUUGCAGUUGCCGGAGGUGUACAAGGAAGUUACUUGGCCGAUGCCGGUGUACCUUCUGGUGGUGUUCGGAUGCUAUUCGCUGGCAACAGUCGGCUACAGAGUAGCCACGUUUAAUGACUGUGAGGAGGCGGCCAAAGAGCUGCAGGCACAGAUACAAGAGGCUAAAGAGGACUUAAAGAAGAAGGGACUGAAGAUGUGAGGACUGUGAAAAACACACAGUCAUCUAGCCUGCUUGUGUGGACAUUGCUGGAGCAUUAUCAAGCCAUAAGACAGCCAUUAUAUCUUUUUUUGUGUGGCUAAAUAUGUUGUUUCCCAUUGUCUGUGAAUAACUACAGGUUUCACCAGUUUGUUUUAUCUUUCUGACCUAAAUCUAGGAAUCAAAAUGUUACAAUGGAAACUGAAAAUGUUGUAAAAACAUCGAGACCUAAAAUCUGUGUUACAGAUGUAAAUGACAUUUUUCCUUUGGACACAGUGCAUCCCAUUCUAACAAUCCAUGUAAAACCUUGCAAGCACAUGUACAUAAAGCCAGUGGAGAAUGUUCUAUUUUAGCGCAGCCUCCAGAGCAUGUGUAUUUGGGCUGGCAUGGGAACGGAGACAUUUUUUAGCCUAGUCAAAAUUCGCAACAGUUAAUAACAUCCCUACCGCAUGGCUUCACGGUAGUGUGAGAUAGCUGUACUGUGAACUUAGCGCUAGCAAUACCACCAGAUAUAAAACUGAGAGGUUGAUUUUUAAUGAGUUUGAUAACAGGGUAACAGUGUUCAAGAAAUACACACAUGAGUGCACAGGAAUGUCUGCGGCAAAAACUCGGAGCCCUGGUUCUGUUUUAAGAUGGAGUUGAUUGUGUAAUCUGUAUAAUUCCACUCAAAGGGUGUUGGGUUGUAUUACCAUGAACCAGGGUCUGCAUUCAUAGAGCAUCUUAAAAUGUGUGUGCUGAUUUCGGGUCUGAUUUUUUUUUUAACGUCACAGAGUCGUUUCUCUUUACUGACCACCCAUUAUUUCAAUGUGGUGAAGAGAAACUGAUCCAGAGAACUGCACUAAGUGAAUAUAGCCACAUGUUUCUGUUGGUUUCCCAUUUAAAUGGCUAUCUUAGUUUCCCUAAUGGCUGAUUUGUAGCUCACUAUAAUGAAUGGGUCACUGCUGUGAAAUCCGAACAUGAUGUGGUCCACUGGAAAACAAGCUCUUUAAUGGAUAAUAUUCGGAUGGCUUUUUUUUGUUCUGCAUUCCAUAUGUUACUGACUGUUCUAGGCUAAGUCUUAAUGUGAAAUACAGACUAUUUUUCCUCAUAA